AUGGAAAAGCACUCCCGGUACAACAAGCAAAAUCCUGGAGUGUCUUACAAAGACAAUCCAUGCAAAAAGGUGAAGAGCCACAUCUGCUGGCGCUCACUUUGCAUGAAGUACCUCUGUGUGAAACAAGGGUCAUCCUGCUGGGUGGAUUGGUAUUCAAAGGUGGAAUAUUGGCGCUAG